AUGGCUGUUAACGUCAACGAUAUGGGGGCUGCAUCAACAGCUAACCCACGGGCCCGAUGGAAGUACCUCGAUAGGUUCUUGACUCGCAAGGGACCUUUUACGGAUGAGGAUAGCUUCAUGGCCGGUGAACAAGUCAUUGAGUACCUGAGCAAUCUCAAAGUUCUAGUCAUCGGAGCUGGCGGUCUAGGGUGCGAGAUUCUCAAGAACCUUGCCCUCUCAGGCUUCAAGGAUAUCCAUGUAAUCGACAUGGAUACAAUUGACGUCAGCAACCUAAAUCGGCAGUUCCUCUUCCGGGCUUCAGAUGUAGGAAAGUAUAAAGCGGAAACCGCCGCCGCAUUUGUAGAAAAGCGUGUCAAGGGUGUCAAAAUCACUCCGUACUGCGGCAAGAUCCAAGACAAGGAUGAAGCGUACUACAUGCAAUUCGGCCUCAUCGUUUGCGGCCUAGACUCCAUUGAGGCAAGGCGUUGGAUCAACGCCACGCUCGUGGGCAUGGUAGACGAGAACGACCCGGAUUCUAUGAAGCCAUUGAUCGAUGGCGGUACAGAGGGCUUCAAAGGCCAAGCACGUGUCAUUUUCCCCACCAUGACCUCGUGCAUUGAAUGCCAACUAGACAUGCACGCGCCCCGCGCCGCAGUACCUCUCUGUACACUCGCCACCAUUCCCCGGCAGCCGCAACAUUGCAUCGAAUGGGCACAUAUUAUCGCAUGGGAAGAGGAGCGUAAAGAUAUUACCCUCGAUACCGAUGAUCCAGAGCACAUCACCUGGCUCUUCAACAAAGCCACUGCCCGCGCCAAGGAAUUCAACAUUGAUGGAGUAACAUACAGCAUGACCCAAGGGGUCGUCAAGAACAUCAUCCCAGCAAUUGCUAGUACAAACGCUAUUGUAGCAGCGAGCUGCUGCAACGAGGCAUUCAAGGUAGCAACCAACAGCAACCCUUUCCUGGGAUACCCCGGCAUGGACAAUUACAUGAUGUAUACAGGAGACGACUCUGUAUAUACAUAUACGUUUGAGCACCAGAAGAAGGAUGAUUGUCCUGUGUGCGGUGCUGGAAACAUUGCGCGGCCCCUCCAGGUCCUCCCUGGUAUCACGCUGCAAGAGUUCAUUGACGGGUUGGCAGAACGUCCAGAAGCGCAACUCAAGAAACCCUCGAUUCGCACAGGUGAAAAGUCGCUCUACAUGCAGCUUGCGGGUCUGGAGGAACAGACACGACCGAACUUGGAGAAGAAGAUGGUUGAUUUGGUCGAGGAGGGCGAGGAGUUGCUGAUUACAGACAAGAGUUUCCCGACGCAGUUCAAGUACAAGGUUGUCUGGGCAUCGAAGUAG